AUGGCGGACGAGAAAGAAAAGGAAACCUCAGAGCUACUAGUAGCAGACAUGCAAAGAAAAAUCAAAGAGGCUUUUGAAGUGUUUGACCAUGAGCUGAAUAAUACAGUGGAUGUGAGAGAGAUCGGAACCAUCAUCAGGUCGUUGGGAUGCUGCCCUAACGAAGGAGAGCUGCACGAUCUGCUUGCAGAGGUAGAGGAAGAAGAACCCACUGGAUACAUUCGAUUUGAAAAAUUUCUUCCAGUGAUGACCAAUAUACUACUGGAAAGAAGAUACAGACCAAUUCCAGAAGAAGUCCUUCUGCGAGCUUUUGAGGUAUUAGAUCCAACUAAGCGUGGAUAUCUUUCUAAGGAAGAACUGAUCAAGUAUAUGACUGAAGAAGGUGAGCCCUUUUCUCAGGAGGAAAUGGAAGAAAUGCUGUCUGCUGCAAUUGGUCCAGAAUCGAAUUUCAUUCAUUACAGGGACUACAUAACAAUGAUGGUGAUAGAUGAAAAUUAA